UUAUCAUAAUCAUUAUCAUUGGCUCUUUGAUUUAUCUCAAGAAUUGCCUAAUCCAAGUCGUCUAUUAGCUUUCAUUUGUUCAAUUGUGCUCUAAUGAAGGGUAGCUUUUUAUAAUUAACCUAAUCGAACAUUAAAAUAUAUUAAUUAAUUAAAAGUAAUUUAUUGACUACUUUUUUUUAAGUUUAAAUAUGAAAACAAUUAUAACAUCAUUUUUAAAACUCCCAAGGCGAACUAAACGACAAAAUGUACGUUUUGCAACUACUUCAUCUACUGGAGCAUUGUUACCUGAACCUCAAAAAAUUCCAUUUGGUAUUCUCGGAGUUAUUUGUACGGUUGUACCUGGAUUAUUGAUUGGCGCUACAAUUAGUAAAUAUAUGGCUAACUUCCUAGAAGAGAAUGAACUAUUUGUACCAUCGGAUGACGAUGACGACGAUGAUUAAAUUUUAGUAAAAAUAUUAAUUAUUAACAUUUUAUUUUUAAUAAUAAUAAUUUGUAAUGUAGGAUGCCAUAAGUUCUCAAUCUGACUUAUUUUUAAUAUAUUUUACCUAUUUCUUUGUAAUUACUUAAAAAAAUAGGAUAAUAAUAUAGUUUUGCUUACAACAUUAAGCUAUCAUCAAACUAUUAUAUUAUCUAAACUCUAUUACUUAUAUUCAUUAAUUAUGCAAAUAAACUAAUUUUUUAAGUAUAAAUAUUGAAACAUUUUAUGGUAAUUUUAAAACAGUUUAUUUUUAGUAGCUUGUUUUGUUUUGUGAUAGUAAUUUAGGUAAUUAUAAUUUUUGUUAUCAGUUUAUCAUAAACGAUUCAAUUGCACACAAAAUAAAUAUGAAAUUUAUAUUAAUUACUUUUUACCAUUAUUCCUUAUAAUUUAAAGAAGUUCUAUCUGUUUUUUUAAACAACAUUAUACAUAUUUAACUAGCUUAUAAAAUAGGAAAUAAUCUAAUUAAGAAAGUGUCUAUAAUGGCCUUAUAACAACUUUUGAACCAGUAUAUCAUAGUUAUCAAGAUUUUAAAAUAUAGUCUUGGGGAGAAGUGAAGGUAUGUAAUCGAAUGGUUUAUGAUAAAAUUAUCACUGUUUAUUUAUAUAUUUAAAUUAUUUUAUUGUUGUUAAUUUAAAUUGUAAUUAUAUAUUGCAAUAUAAAAUUUGAAUUAUUUAA